UUAUUUGUAUAUACCGGUUAUAUUUCAAUUUGAAAUUGAUUUUGCUAUCAUUUUUGUUAUUCCAUUGAAUUUUUAACAAUGGCUUCUGGUGAUUCAGAUAUACCUGAAAAGUUGGAUAAUUUAAACAUUGAAAAUAACGGUUCCAUUGGCAACGCUUCACAGAAUGGUGAUGAAAAUGUAUCAGCAGCUGAAUUUUCAAUGAUGCGUAAAGCAUUACGUUCAAAAUUGAUUCAUACAACCAAUCAGGUUGAUGUUUUUCAAAAAGAUCCAAAUAAUCCAUUGUAUUCAGCAAAAUCAUUUGAAGCUUUAAAUAUUCCUGAAGAAUUACUUCGUGGUAUUUAUGAUAUGGGUUUUAGUAAACCAUCACGUAUCCAAGAAACAGCCUUACCAUUGUUGCUUGACUCACAUCGUACCAAUUUGAUUGCACAAUCACAAUCUGGUACAGGUAAAACGGCAGCUUUUAUACUUGCAAGUUUAUUUCGUGUCAAUAUUGAACAACAAGAACCACAAGUGAUAAUAUUAUCACCAACUUAUGAACUUGCUUUACAAACAGGCGAAGUAGCCAAACAGAUGGCUAAAUAUAAACCUGAAAUAACGAUACGAUAUGUUAUUCGUGGUGAAACAUUGCCAAGAAAUACUAAAGUCACUGAACACAUUUUGAUUGGAACACCGGGCAAAAUGAUUGAUUGGGCAUUGAAAUAUAAUUUUUUUAAUAUCAAAAAAAUAUCUGUAUUCGUAUUGGAUGAAGCCGACGUUAUGAUCGAUACACAGGGAUUACGUGCACAAUCGAUUCGAUUGAAACAAUAUCUACCAAAAACCUGCCAAAUGAUGUUGUUUUCAGCUACAUAUACUGAUGAAAUUAUGGAUUUUGCUAGACAAAUUAUUCCUGACCCAGUAGUGAUAUUGAAAUUACGUAUUGAAGAACAAAGCUUGGACAACAUUAAUCAGUAUUAUAUUGUUGUCCGAAAUGAACAGGAAAAAUAUGAAGCAUUAACCAAUAUAUUUGGUACGGUUGCCAUUGGACAGGCAUUCAUUUUUUGUGAAACAAAAAUUUCGGCAUCAAAUUUAGUGCAACAACUUCGAAAGGAUGGCCAUUCUGUUGGUUUAAUAUCCGGUGAUCUUACUGUUGAACAACGAAACGAAGCUUUACGACGAUUCCGUGAUGGAUUAGAACGUGUAAUUGUAGCCACAAACGUAAUGGCACGUGGUAUCGAUGUAGAACAGGUUACGAUCGUUAUUAAUUAUGAUCUACCAACAAAUCCUGAGACCAGAAAUAUUGAUUUUGAAACAUAUCUACAUCGUAUUGGUCGUACAGGACGUUUCGGUAAAGAAGGAUUGGCCAUAAAUUUUGUCGAUGGUGAUCGUACAAUGCGUAUGAUACAACAAUUGGAAGAACAUUUUAAAAAACCGAUAAAAAAAUUGGAUGCUACCGAUGUUGAUGAAAUUGAAAAAAUUGGCAAUGAUAUGUAAAACAUUGUUCAAAAACAACAUUUUCAAACAUAUAAACAACAACAACAACAACAUUUACAACAUUCGAAAAAUAAAUUAUUCAUCUCGGAACAACUUUUUUAUAUGUUAAUCACCAUCAUCAUCAUUAUUUUUUUUUCUACUCUAAAUUUGUCUUGAUAAAUAAAUCAGUUAUUAAUGAAUUGAAAAGUGAGGAGGGCCAAGUGUCUUUGGAAUCUCGAAAUUCUUUCUUUUUUUUUUUUUCAACUAAUAUAAAAAGAUUACCCGGU